CAAUAGUCAAUACAUUCCCCCACUAAAAAUUGCAAGAUUAUUCAACAUGCAUGAAUUCGAUGGGGAAAGCAUGAACUCUAAUUUUUUUUUAAUUGUAUGUCUUGAUUAAUAGACCUUACUAGGGGGGAAGAGUUAAGGUUGACAAUUUUGUAAGAAUGAAUCUGAUGGAAAAAAGAGAGAGAGAGAAUUAUAAUUAAGUUUUACAUUAAGAAAUUAUUAAUUGUCAAUACAAUUUAAUUCUAUCAUCAAUAAAUUUUAUAAUAAUUAAAUUUUUUAUAUGAGAGUUUAACAUAAUGUAAAAGAAAAAAAAAAAAAAAGAGAGAGAAGCUAGUAUUAAAGGUCAACAAUAGCCAAAUUUUCUCAGUGCUUCCACUUUCUGGAGGCCUUCCACCAUAUAUUUACUUUUCUUCGGCGAAGUUUGAAGAUGCAGCGGACACAAGAGCGAACCAAAAGAACGCAAGAGUCACUGAAGCUGAAAUAACUUGCUAAACAUUUCACUUUCAUCGUAGCAUCAAUGGCGGAUCAGAGGAAGGAUGGUCUUCUAACCUAUAGUUACCUUCUCCUCUACAUUGCUCUCUCCAGCGGCCAAAUCUUCUUUAAUAAGUGGGUUUUGUCCUCUAAGGAAAUAAAUUUUCCUUAUCCUCUGGCAUUGACUCUACUUCAUAUGGUCUUCUCCUCUGUUCUGUGUUUUGUAUUAACCAAAAUUCUAAAGGUUAUGAAGGUUGAGGAGGGAAUGACUACUGAAAUAUAUGUUACGUCAGUUGUGCCAAUUGGGGCUAUGUUUGCGAUGACUCUCUGGCUGGGAAAUACUGCCUAUCUGUAUAUUUCUGUAUCAUUUGCCCAAAUGUUGAAGGCAAUCAUGCCUGUAGCUGUUUUUGUCCUUGGAGUAGCUGCAGGACUUGAGGUGAUGAGCUGCAGAAUGCUUGUAAUCAUGUCAGUGAUUAGUUUUGGUGUUUUAGUGGCUUCUUAUGGAGAGAUAAAUAUAAACUGGGUUGGAGUAAUUUACCAAAUGGGUGGUGUUGUUGGUGAAGCUCUAAGACUUAUCUUCAUGGAAAUUUUCGUGAAGAGAAAGGGUCUGAAGUUGAAUCCCAUCUCUGUUAUGUAUUACGUUAGUCCUUGCAGUGCACUUUGCCUAUUCAUUCCAUGGGUUUUUUUAGAGAAAACGAAGAUGGAAGAACAUGGAUCAUGGAACUUCCCACCUACCGUGCUAAUCCUCAACUGUCUUUGUACUUUUGCUCUUAAUUUAUCAGUUUUCCUUGUGAUUACACACACAAGUGCUUUGACCAUUCGUGUUGCUGGAGUUGUCAAGGAUUGGGUGGUGGUCUUACUCUCUGCUGUUCUGUUUGCUGAUACAAAAUUGACUAUCAUAAAUUUGUUUGGCUAUGCAAUUGCCAUUGUAGGAGUUGCAGCGUAUAACAAUCACAAGUUAAAAAAGGAAGCUACGCGAGAUACUUCAAAUGAUACUGAACUUGCUGAAUCUUCUCCUGGGCAGAAUCUUCGGUUUUCAAACAAGUAAAUAUGUACUUAUUCUCCAGGUUGGUAGUAUGUAUUGCACUUGAAAAUAUCCCUUUUCUCCCUACAAUUUCCCUCCUUAGGCCCUGUUUGGUUUGUCCAAAGGAAUAAUGAGAUUCUCAUGCCAACUUUUUGCAAUGUCUAUUUACGUUAUAAUCUAUAUUCAAUAAUCUUUAUUUUCUUUUUAUUGUUUUUUGUAAAGUAUAGACAUAAUAUCAUAUCAUAAUUUAUGUUCAAAAUCACUCCCCCCCCCCCAACCAAUUUGAUCUCAUUUUAUUCUCAGUACCAAACAAGCGCUGAAGAGAAGUUUUGUUUCCCUCUAUUUCAGUGUCCAUUCUUGUUACUGAUACACAUAGAUGAUGAAGACAGUUCUCUCCUGUCAUCACUAGAGGGCAUUGUAUUUUCAUCUGUUGACUUUUGUCUAAGCAGGCAUCGAUACGGAAUUCUGCCUUUUAGUCUGUUGUUACUGAUUCUAGACAGGGAAAAAUAACAUGCAGGUCAAAUGUAAUGUAUGAAGAUUACAGUUAGUGGCUUAACAUGAGAAAAAGAGAUGCUUAGCAAAUGGUAUUUCACUCUUCAGGAGAUUGAAAAUGACUGACCAGGAGCUGGUAACUAGGGCAAUUUUUUGUUUUUUGGGUAGAGCUGCAGAUAAAAUACCUGUUAUUGUCUUGUACAAUCUGGUUUCUUCAAAACAUUUUUUGUCUUGUUGAUUCAGAUCAUUUCUAGUUCAUUAAACAGGUCCUAUGUGUAGUUUGUGUGCAGUUGAAUGCAUUAAGCAGCGUCAAUUCAAUA